UUAUUUGUUUCGUACUCAAUGCACAAGCUAGAACCUUCCAGGGUCGGCUGCCUUGUGACUCAUUACAUUACUUUUUUAUGGGAAAAAUUUAUUUGGUAUUCAUCAUUUUUUGAUACUCAUCGCACCUCACGGAACCAAUUAAUGAGGACUACCGAAGUACCACCGUAUUUUAAAUCCCUGCAUGUCUAGGAAAAGACAACUCACUUGGGAAAUGCCCCUGCCCAGCGAACAAUUUGUAGUUUACAAGUGCAGCUUACAAGUGUAGUUUACAAGUGAAGUUGAUGGUUCCACUAUUUUAGAAGAUUUGUUUAUUCUGCAGAUUGUGCUCUUUUCUGGUCCAAGGGAAACUGGCAGCCCUGCGUGCCUCUAUCGUUUGUGGAAUUAGUUGCCUUGAUCGUGAGAUAUUUAUGAUAUCUAAUGACUUGUCUUUUUUCCCCCCGAAGUUGAUUGCACGUCUUGAGGGUCGAAGUUCUCUCAAAACUCUUGAACCCUUCCUGUUUGCUGAAGAAGGAUAUCCCGUUUAUGGAGACGUCGUCGAAUUCCACGGUGCGGAAGGGACAGGAAAAACAGAAAUGCUCUAUCAUCUCAUUGCUCGCUGCAUUCUUCCAAAAUCAAGAGGUGGUUUGGAAGUUAGCGUGCUUUUCAUUGAUACGGACUUCCAUUUCGAUAUGCUGCGUUUAAUCACUCUCCUGGAAUACAGGUUGUCGUGUCGAGGCACCGAAGCCACCAUGAAGCGCUACCUGGAGAGGUUCCUCCUUAUUAAUUGCCACAGCAGUUCCCAGCUGCUGAUUAGCCUUUACUCUCUGGAAGGCAUGUUUCUCUCCCACCCUUCCCUUUCCCUCUUGAUCGUAGACAGCAUGUCGGCAUUUUAUUGGAUAGACCGAGCCAACGGAGGAGAAAACCUGAGUUUGCAGGAAGCGAACCUAAAAAGAUGCGUGCAGGUUCUGCAAAAGCUUAUAAGGGAGCAUCACUUGGUACUGUUUGCCACUACUCAGUCGCUUAUGCAGAAGUCACCAAACUUUGGGGAAAGCUCAGAAAAAACUGAGUGUGAUGCAGGUUCAGAUUACCGCCCUUUUCUUUGUAAACCGUGGCGACAGCUCGUCACCCACCGGAUCUUCUUCUCCAGGCAUCCCCAUCCAGACGGCACCCAAGGAUUUUUAAUGACUUCGUGUCACCUUCAGAACAACUGCGUGGCGAAACGUCCGUUCUGCAUUACGGAACAAGGGAUCCAGUUUUAAAAGCCCAAGGUUCAUUUUAAAGGCACCUAUUGUUGUUUCUAAACAGUUUUUACGUUUCUGUACUAACAUUAUAUAAAAUUUAAUUUUAGAAAGCGCGCCGAUCAGCUUUUGGGCUAAUAUUCAGGUGUAUAUGGGCGAAUUGAUAAGGCUUAUUAAAAAAAAAAGUUAAGUUCUGGAAUCUAAUAAAAGUGGUUGCUUCUUAUUUUCAAGCACAGAAACAGAAGCUUCCCCUGAGCUGAA